ACAUUCUACUCUAAUAAUUCUAUCGAAUAACACAUUACGAAUCUCUCAUAAAUUAUUUAAAAUGACGAAAAUCUGUUUUCUUCUUUCUAUUUUAUUCGUCGUAGUGACAGUGAACAUAGCUGCUCCGGUCGAAGAUGAUGGAUUGGAAAAUCUAAUGGAACUCGAUGAAGAAUUCAGAGAAGACAUGGUCGAGGAACGAGCUGAUAGACAACGUCGAGUGACCUGUGACCUUUUAUCUUUUGGUGGGAAGAUUGGUUCUUCGGCUUGUGCGGCUAAUUGUCUUAGCAUGGGAAAAGCUGGAGGAUAUUGCAGAAGCGGUAUUUGCGUGUGUCGCAAAGAUUCCUUCAAGGACUUGUGGAAAAAACGAUUUGGUUAAAAUAAAGAAAUAUUUCUAUUCAUCUCAAUAUUCAACAUUUUUUGAUAUUCG